AUGUUUUUUUUGUUUAUUUUCAGGCCAUUAUUAACCAAAGACUGUAAGAAGCAUGACCAAAAUCAGACAGAAACAAAGAAGGAAAAGAUUGCCUCUGACAAUACUGAUGGAAGGUCAAAUUUGGAAAACUUAAUAGACGAUACUGAAGACUCUCCACAUGAUGACAAGAAUGAUAGAAUCCCCAGCACAUCUGGCCACACACACCAGGAGGAAUUGGAGGAAAUACUAGAUGCAAUGAUCAAAGAUUUCAAUUCUUCAGAUGAAGAAGAGAAAGUUAAGGAAACUGAAGACCUUGAUAUAGAAACACCAACACCAACACCAACUCUUACACCCACACGUUCAGCCAUUCCAGAGAGAACACCCAAAACUGGGAGUGAAUGGUUGAAACAAGUACAACACCACUCGUCAAGCACAAACCAAGACGCUCCAUAUUCUCCUGAUAUGAAGUUUGAUUCUGCAAAGAAGAAACAGAAAUUUAAGAGCUGCAGCCGAGCAAGAUUCUUCUUCAGCCCUUGACGUCCAGGUACUAUCAUUACAGACCCAGUACUCCCUACACAUCACCAGAUGUUGUGUCUUACCGAAUAAAGGAGAGUCUGCAGCACCCAAUGUACUUGAUAUAGUAUUUGAUACUCCGACUAUGAAAGAGCUGAUGAUAAGAGUGGGGUCUGCUGUAAGGAUACACCCACCAUGGCAAAAGCUCCAUGUUACAUCAUCACCCUUUCCUGUCCUGUUGUGUACUUAUUACUGUGAAGUACUACCAACACCAUCUGGACCACCACCUGUUGAUGUGGCCUCUCUUCCAGUUUUAAGCUGGACCAGCAGUAAACUUGAUCAAGGAGCUACUCACUUGGUUUCUUCACCAAAAAAGUCAUUUCAGCCAACAAGACUCCUAUUUGGAGAGUCUCAAUCAAAUAAACACGAUACCCCAAACAGUACAGAAUCCAUGGCAACCGACGAGGCAAGCCAAGCCAAAAAGACCAAAAAGUUACUGUCAAUAGCAAAAGCAAUAGAAGCCCAAGGGGGGUGUAGUGGGGGAAGUGUUUCUUUUGAGGCUGUGGUACAGAGGGUUUAUAGAAGGAGAGUCAAGGUUGCGAGGGAGAAGGCGUUUGACAGGUGGGUGAUGUUAGUCCAGGACUCGAGUAAAAACAUAUGUGAAAUACAAAUCCCAGAGGAAUACGCAGUCCGUCAAUAUUGGAUUUCCUGCAUCAGGAAAGGCAUUGGCAAAGUUUACGUUUUUGAAGACUUGAGAAUCACGCAGCGCACCAACAGAACAAGAUCACCAGGGCUGUUUAAUGUCGUAGAUUCCCUCUGGACAUCUGAGGAUCGUAAGCCAUCGCAGGAAGUUAAGAGUAGUCAGAUYCUGAGCCCUGAUGAGAGUAUCAGUGAGUCAUCUACGUUAACAAGUCCACCAAACUACUGCUAUGUGCUGACUGUGCAAGAUUCUAGUCAAGUUACGUCACUACCUGAYGAUGGACGUCAAGAUCUAUCCUCUCUSUACGCCCCACCAAUGUUAUCGAAUAUAAGAGCAAUGUUUAUCCACAAUGAAGAAACCUCCAAGAGAUGCGCCGUCUGGUGCCGAAUAAUCUGUUCUCGGCCCAACCUCACUUCCACAAGACCCAACACAAAUUAUCCGAGCUGGACUGGGAAGGUUUUAGUGACUGACGUAUCGCUGCAUCGCCAACCACAGGAAUCCCAAGAUAGAGAUUCUGAUGAAUCUUUACCGCGGUAUGUGAAUUUGGAAGUGCGUCCAUCGAAUGUGCUGUCGGAAUCUGUACUGAAGGCUGUGAGUGAAGCUGGGAGUGUAUUGUAUAUAGAAGACGUGGCGUACACUGGAAAAGCAGAUGCGCAAGUUAUUCACGCAGAUUCUUAUACAACGAUCAAAAGAGGCAUGACUGAUCCCAGUCAGGCUGAGACUGACGAGGGUGACGUACAAGUCAUGCCAUUAAACAUCUACACAGAGUUAAUCGCUCUCAGGACAAGAGAGUUUAUAACUCCUCUCUCAUCGACUACGACACCGGGGUCUCUAUGUAAAGUUCAAGCUUCUUCAAGGUACUAUCGAACAGCUACUACCAGUAUCUUACCAGAACAGCGACCAGGGCUACGUCAUUGAUUGUGUGCUUGGCAAACGUCUUGGUCCCUUGUACUGUUACGUUAACGAACACAGUGGAUCACUUGCUAAGUUGGACRAAAUUACUGUGUCUUUAUAAUCUAUCAUAACUGGUUCGAAAGGUAAUCAAAAUACUUAAAAAUACGCCGUUAGAAUUUAAUUUAUUACGAUCUUGUAUCUCUGUUAUAGCAAAAAAUAAAAUCCUUAGUGUAAAGUUAAGCAGAGAUUGUUUGAUCGAUAUUUGAUCAGUGCUGAACUUGGAAAUUUUUUACCAAAAAAAUCCAUUCUAUUACUGAAGAAAUAGAAAAUGCGCRCGUGURCUGUGUGCAGUAAAGCACGCGGGGUUGGCAGAACACGAGAAACGUGUUAGGAGAAGCACGACGCGUAUUCUCGACACUUCUCGAGUGUUCUGSCAAUCUCCAAGUGCUUUAUAACUGCACACAGCACAACAAGUAAGUUUUUCAUUUCUUYUAUAAAAUACAAAUUGCAAAAACCGUUUUUUAGAUAGGAAURACRCAACUGAAAGUGCGCGCGUGUGCUGUGUGCUCUCAUAAAGCACGCGCUCCYAACCAAUCAGAACGCGAGAUUAAUAACAGUUAUUUUAGAAKUAACGCACAGGGGGCAGAGGGGGGCCACUUAUCUUUCAUUGUUUACGAAAUUGUCUUGUCGCUCCGCCAUCUUAUUWUAUAUUUUUUACCGCUGUACAUAAUAUGAAUAAACUUGAGCCCGUCA